UGACAUCGGUGACGGGGCACGACAGAGGUAGACUUUCAUUUCUAGCCUGCGCGCACACACACACACACAGGGACAAACGCAGGUGCGCACACACACACACACACACACACACACGCAUGCAUGCACACGGCACACAGUGAAACAGUAGACGCAUCCCCUCUAUGCAUUUUUAAAAGCUCAGCAGGUGAUGGGAACACUUAGGUCGGGACUCUUUGUUCGCAGAUAAGCUCGACCAAGUGAUCAGGUGACUUUUCUCUGUGUGGAGGCUUAUGAGCUGCCGCAAUGUUGCCAUCAUCACCUUCACCCCGCAUGUGAAAGAACAACCCCCCUUCUUGAGAGCCUCGGUGGUAGAUACGUCAGAAUGCCGGGAGCCGACGGCACCAACCAGGAGGGUUCUUGCAAGGCCUUGUGUCGAAACCUGGUGUCCCAGAACGGCCUGCAGAGAGAGACAGCUGAUAUUUCGCAGUCUGUCCUCUAUACCUCCCUGAUGGGGCUUCUGCUGGUUGCCGACAAUGAGAAGGAGCUCCUCGCAUUAGGAAGUGGAAGGGCUGGUCUUAGAAACAUUGGCAACACGGUAAGUGAAGAGUUUUCUUCCCUGAGCAUUAUUUGGGGUCAGCAUGGUUACUCUGCUGUCUGGCUGCAGUGUUUCUUGAACGCAAUAGUCCAGUGUUUGUCUCACACUCGCGGCCUGCGGGACUACUGCCUCUUAAAGUCCUACAAACAUGACAAAUUUUCCAAGGAGGAGCCUAGACUCACAGAAGCUUUCGCUCAGGUAUUGUCCGGACUUUGGGAUUCAAAAGAAGAGGACACGGUUGUAAAUCCAAGACAGUUUUACAAUAUUUUCAGAGACACUGUGCCUUACUUCAGUGGUUAUAGUCAGCAGGAUGCUCAGGAGUUUCUCAGGUUUCUUUUAGAAAAGCUACAUACUGAAAUCAACCGCAAGCCCUACAAUCGUCGGCCACUGAAGGACCCCGAGCAAAAAUAUGCCAGAUUUAGGAUUUCUGAAGAGGCAGCUGCAACAUGGAAGAAGCAUUUAGACAACGAUGACAGCAAGAUCGUCGAUCUGUUCUCGGGCCAGCUGCGCAGCUCGCUACACUGCUCUGUGUGCUCUCACUACUCCAACACAUUCGAUGUGUUCUGCGACCUGUCGCUGCCCAUCCCCAAACGCUGCACGGCUGGAGAGGUGACGCUGAAGGAGUGCCUGGAUCUCUUCUCUCAGGAGGAGAAACUGGACAAGGACAAUUCACCAUGUUAUGUGUUGCAGAUGUGCGAGAGGUGUAACAGGCAUACAGAAAGCACCAAGCGCUUGUCCAUCCAGAGGUUCCCCAACGUUAUUGUGAUCCAUCUGAACCGUUUCACAACAUCACGGUGGUCAAUCAGUAAAAGCACAACCUACGUGUCCUUCCCACUCACCAACCUUGACCUUGGGCCCUACGGACCUAUUGACUGUGGAGCGGUGUUGUAUGAUUUAUAUGCAAUAUGUAACCACGUGGGGGCUGUCAACAUGGGUCACUACACAGCCUGUUGUUCUGAUGAGAAUGGAUGGUGUUACUACAAUGACUCCAGUGUGUCAGCGAUUUCUGAGACGCAGCUUCAGACCAAUCAAGCCUACGUGUUAUUCUAUCAGCGCAGUAACAACGCAAUCACUACAAGGAAAUAGACCCCGGAAAGCCAGUCAGAGACAUUUUUACCGUCAAAGACCAUGGAAACCAAUGCGGUGCAGCCAUGCUCGGAUUCAUCAACUUUUCAAUCCCAAGAAAAUGUGCACUCUAAGAGGCAGAUUAGAUAAAUCAGGACCACAAUGUGUGUGUGUGUGUGGGGGGGGGGGGGGGGUGUGAAGAAAUGAUUUGGUCAAGGAGAAGAAUCUGAAGAGAGUGGGGGAUAAAACAGCUGCUUUUCCUUCAGAGUAUUUAUGCCCAAAUUGUGAGACCUGCAUGUGAACAUUGAAGCAAAGCUCUCAUGAUUGACAUGAUUCAUCCUUGAUAAGAUCUCGUACCUCUGCUCAAGAUCUCAAGGAUAUGGAACUAUCAUACAAUCAUGGUAUUUCCAUUCAUCCAUUAUCUGAACAGUAGUAUGCUCAUGAGGGUUACGUGCGUGCUGGAGCCUAUCACAGCUGUCACCCGGCACACCCUGAAUCGUUUGUCAGCCAAUUGAAAGUGUCCAAAAAGGAACGUGUCAAAUCUUAUUCAGGCAAAUCAUCAUAAUCCACAUGCUCAAUUCAAAACUAUUGAUUCUGCACUUAAGAGCCGUCAGCCUAUUUGCAUAUAUCAUCCCCUAAAAUGUGCAAUAGAUUUUUGCAGUUUUUCACUGACAAGAUUGAUACAGCUAGCGCUCCUGUUGCGAAUGCCGGAUUUGACCCCUCUGCCUACGUUCUUUGUUCUACAGUGUGGGAUUCCUUUGAAGCGGUUUCUUUCACUUUUUUGGAGGAUUUGCCAAAUUAACACCUUCUGACUCAAUUCUAUAAGGAGGUUUUCCUCAGUAUUGGUCAAUUUGUUUCAGCAGUCUGUCUUCUGGUGUCGUCCUCCAACAUUUUAAACAUGCUGUAGUGCAACACCUGCUGAAGAAACCUGGCCUUGAUCAAGAUGGGAUGACUAAUUUUAGACCAAUUUCCAGGCUGCCUUUUAUUUCAAAAAUACUGGAAUACUGGUACACACAGUAAAACUCUUUCUUGGAUAAGCACACUGUCAUGUCACAGUCAUUUUCCACUCAGCUUUCAAGAGGAUGCAUAGCACAGUCAGCCCUGUUACGAGUUUUCAAUGAUAUCCUCUGGGCAAAUGUGACCAGAUACUACAUGUGUCUAAUUUUGUUGAAUCUAACUGUAGCAUUCGGUACAGUGGACCACAGUAUUCUGCUGGCUCGUUUUCAGGAUCAGGUGGGCAUUAGAGUUGUUUAUAUCCUAUUUGACUGACAGGAGUAUUUGUGUUUCAAUUAACCUAGGUUGCUCUGAGUCCUGUAUUGCACCUCUGUCGUAUGGUGUUCCCCAGUGUUCUAUUUUGGGGCCCUCGCCCUUUUCACUGUAUUUGCUGGCUUUAGGUUCCAUCCAAAGAAAACAUGGUAUUACCUUCCACUGCUAUGUGGAUGACCGACAGAUCUCUGUCCUGCUGAGCAAAAAGAAUGUGUUGUCCUUCAGACCACAAGGGACGGUGUUUGGUCCCUUGUAUAUACCACCCUGCUGACCUGGGCCCCCUAGAGUCUUUUAUAAAGCCAACUGUCUCGAACUUGGCUUUUAAAUUGGAUAGUGAGUUUAAAUUGGAGGGGCAAUUAGGUGCUGAUGUUAAAUCCAGCUUCUUUCAUUUUAGGCAGCUGGCAAAGGUAAAGCCAUUCAUUCCUUUCCCAGCAGCAGUGAAACGGUGAUCCUUUAUCACAUCUUGGCUACAUGAUUGUAAUGCACUUUUUUGGAAUUAGGCAGUUCUCCCUCAAGCAUCUCCAUUUGGUCCAAAAUGCUGUUGCUCACCUCCUAACUGGAGCUUCUAAGAUGGAGCGCAUAACCCCAAUUCUGGCUUUCCUUCACUGGCUCCCAGUGUAUUUUCGACUCUAUUUUAAGAUACUUCUAUUUGUUUGCAAAUCUUUAAAUUGCCUCACCCCAGCUUAUCUCUCUGAGCUCUUCCACCCCUGCGCACCUGUCUGAUGCCUCAGGUCUGCGGACCAGACGCUACUGGAGGUGCAGAGGACCUAGUGCAACCUCAGAGAGGAUCGAGCCUUUUCUGUUGCCAGUUUUCUGCCUCUGGAAUGACCUGCCAUUAAAUGUUAGGCUAUCCCCCUCCCUGUCAAUUUUUAAAACUCAUUUGAAGACACAUCUUUUUUCCUUGACUUCCAACCCAACAGGAGACUGACAAUGUUCUGUUGAUCUCUGGCAUUUUUUGUAUAUUAGUUAGUAUCAUUAAUUUGUGAGUUAAUUUACGGUUUUCAACAUCUUUUGUUGUUGUAUUAUUGUUGUUUUAUGUUAUUUGGAAAGUGCUUUGUUACAGCUGCAGCUGUAGUGAAAUGCAUUGCACAAAUAAUGUUGUGUUGUAUUGUAUAGUAUUGUAUUGUAUGAAAACUCCACACAGGAAGGCCGGGGCCCAAAAUCAAACCCAUGACCUCUGCACUGUGAGGCGGACAUACUAACCAGUCGCCCACCGUGCCGCCCAAUCGUGUCAUAAUAUUAUAUUAUUUUGUUUCCAAUCUUUGUGCCACCAUUCUGUGGAAGUGUAUGUAAAUAGACAAAAGGAAUAAAGGUCUACAUUUUAAAAUAAUGUUUUCAAGCGAAUGCA